AUGUCAACAGAUGAAUAUGUUAACAUAGUAUGGUAUGAUGAAAAUCUUUCUGAUCAAAUGAAACAUACUAUUGAAACUAUUUAUUAUCGUCUAUUUGAAUGUACAAACAUCGAAGCUUUACAGAAAACAAUCAACGAUGUCAUUCAUGAUACCGAAAAGAUUUUAUUAAUUUUAUCAGGUGACAUGAAUCAUGAAUUGGUAUUGAGUAUUGUACAUAGCGAACGGCACAUAGUUUCAAUAUUUAUUUUAGCCAAUAAUUCGAGUAUUCCACUUGAAAAAUAUAACAAAAUUUAUGGAAUAUUUACUGACUACAGUAUCUUAGAAAAAAAGAUGUUAGCACAAGCAAGAAUGUUAAAUCAUCAGGCUAUAGCUCUUGAAUUUGAUGAAAAAUUAAGCGAAAAAAGUAUGGAAGAACUUAUUGAAAAUCCUGAAGCUGCUCUUUUCGAUAUACAUUCUCGUCUUUCAACUGACCGUUUUGUGACAUCAAGUGAAAAAGAAAAACUAUUGAAAUAUUGUCGUCGACGUUAUGCUUCAAAUUCGACUCAAUUGAAACACAUUGAUGAGUUUGAAAGAACAUAUGAAUCCAAAGAUGCACUUAAUUGGAAUGGAAAAAAACAACGAGAAAAGGAAAAUGUUAUAUUGGAUUCAUUUCAUGUUUAUCGUGGCUUAAAUUUACCAGAUGCCGAAAUUGCUCGAAUUCAGAACUAUCGGGGUAAAUCAAUCAUUGCUAAAGGCUUUCUCUCAACAACGAAAUCUCUUGCAGUUGCUCGAAUGUUUGCUGCCAAUGUUGUGCUCAAUAUUGAAAUUGAUCCUAAAUUGGAUAACAUCAUCUAUGCUGAUAUGUCAAGUCAUAGUAAAUUUUCCCACGAAGAAGAAAUUCUGAUUGAUUUUGGCACUAGUUUUCGAGUGAUUGACAUUUCCUCUGAUGAAUGUAAUAUAUGGACAGUAUAUUUAGUAAGUGUGAAUGAGAUGGACAAAGUGUUAGACUCUUAUAUUGAUCUAAAGAGAUUACAAGGAGAGAAUGAUGUUAUGAUUGCAACUGGCUUAGUAUUUUUUGGUUAUAAGGAGAGAGCAUGUCGAUUGUUAAGAGAUUCUCUUAAUUCUACAAGUGAUAAUCGGGAAAAAUUUGAUGUGAAUUGUGAACUCAGCGAAAUUUACGCUCGAUCUAGUGAGUUUUCACUUGCUGCCGAUUGCUUGCAAGAAGCUCGUCGUCUUUGUAAAUUAUUUGAUCCAUACUUAUCUCGUCUUCAUUCUGUAAAAUUCUGGCUUUCUAUGAUGUAUGCAUGCUUGAAUGAACAUGAUCGAGCAUUUGAUUGUCUUUCUAUUCAGCUUGAAUUUCCAUAUCCGCAGCCUUAUAGUCUUCCACGAACAUGUAGUAAUAGUUGGACUUAUCUAGUUACAAAUGAAGAAUCUUUACGUUUCGAUCCUUAUCGACCAGUCUACGAAUAUCUACAACGAUGUCUCACAACAUAUAAACAGGAUAAAGAUAUUCUUUAUAGAAUACACUUUUAUAUUAGUUUGAUACUAUUAAAAUGCAAUAGAGAAGAAAUUACACUGCAAUCAUUAGAUGAUUCAUUACUGCAUAUGAAACAAUCGGGGAUUUUAGCAUUUGAGAAAUCUAAUAAUUUUCUCCUUCUGUACUACUAUCAUAUGGGGAUCAUUUAUGAAUCGAAAGAACGUUAUCAUCAAGCUAAACGUUAUUACUGCAAAAUGCUUCCGAUUCUGCGCUGUAAUGGUGAUCAAAAUGAGAAUCUUACUAUGAUACAUGUGCGAAUUGCAGCUUGUUAUACCGCAUUAAAACUGCAUGAGUUAGCAAUUCAACGAUGUAUACGAGCGCUACAUCAAAGCCAAACGAUUGAUGAUCCAAUUCUUGUCGGUAAAGUUCGAGCUCAUCUCGGUAUCAUUUAUCUCGAAACAAACCAAUAUCAUAAAGCUAUAGAACAGUUUAUUAUUGUCAGUCAUCUCAUAGAUAUUAUUGAGAGGCGAUUUAUUGAUGAGAUUUAUCUUAUUAUAGCCGAGACAUUAUUUAAAGUAAAUGAUAUUGUUAAUGCAAUCAAGUAUUAUUCAAAAUUUUUAGAUCGUUAUGAAGAAAUUGAACUAUAUGAAUCUGAAUUGUGGUUUAACACGUGUGAGCGUAUAAUUUAUAUAUACUAUUCAGAGAACCAAUUUGAGAAUUCAAUAAUAUAUGCAAAACGCAUGCUUGAAUUUCGAAUGAAAAUAUGUGCGAACUACUUUGAUGAAAUCUUAGAUACGCAAUUGCUCGUUGCAUUAUGCUAUCAACAAAAUAAGGAAUGGCAAGAAGCAAUAAACUAUUACAAUAUGGCUUAUGAUACUCUUAGCAAAAAGGUGAGCGAUAUCAUUGUCGGCGAAUGCAAUCCAUUAAUUUCUGAUCAAGCAGUAUUAAUACAAACUAUGCUGGCGAUCGCCUAUCGAACGAUAAAUAACUAUGAUCAAGCUAUUUAUCAUGCAAAUAUUGCAUUAGAAACAGAAGAAAAACGAUUAUCCAGAGAUAAGAUUACAAUUGCUUCAUGUUAUGAUUUUAUUGGAUGGUGUCAUUAUAUAAAGUGUGAAUAUGACAAAGCUUUAGAAUUUUGCACUAAAGGUUUACAUUUACUUUAUACUUGUACAUCAGAAUCUGACAUGCAAUUUUGUCAUCUAUAUCACAGUCUCGGAAAUACUUGUCUUGCACUUGGCGAUGUGAAACAAUCGAUUACUUACUGUAUGAAAGCCUUAUAUAUUUUAGUUGGUAAAUUCAAUAUUGAAGACAAAAAAUAUGUUUUAACUUAUUUUUUUCCAUUAAUUGAACGCAUUCGAAAACUUGGAUACGAUCUUUUUUCAUAUAGUGAAUCAUUUGAAAUCAUGCUAUCAGAGAUUUUUCCGAAUACGACAGAUUUAGAAAAUCUACUGAAUAGAAAAGGUAAUUUUUGA